GGACGGCAUACUGUCACUACUGUUCCCUCUGUCACAGUCAAGGAUCCUGCCAAUUCCUCUUGUCAGACAGAGGAUGUUGUCACUACUGGAACAGUCAAGGCUGUAAAAGUGAAAACUCUUGCCAAUUCCUCUUGUCAAACAGAGAGUGUUGUCACUACUAGAACAGUCAAGAUUUUGACAGUCAAGGAUCCUGCUAAUUCCCAUUCUCUUAUGGAUAAAGCUGUCACUACCAGAACAGACAAGGAUGUAAAAGUCAAGGAUCCUGCUAAUUCCCAUUCUCAUAUGGAGAAAGCUGUCACUACCAGAACAGACAAGGAUAAGAAAGUCAAGGAUCCUGCUAAUUCCCAUUCUCAUAUGGAGAAAGCUGCCACUACCAGAACAGACAAGGAUAAGAAAGUCAAGGAUCCUGCUAACUCCCAUUCUCGUACAGAGAGAGCUGCCACUACCAGAACAGACAAGGAUGUAAAAGUCAAGAAUCCUGUUACUAGUAAUUCCUCUUCUCAUACAGAGAGAGCUGUUACUAUUGUUCCUUCUAAGACAAUCAAGCCUCCUGCCAUGUCCUCCUGUGAUGAACAGAGAGCUGUCAGUGAAAGGGGCCAGUCUGGGAAACGGAAGAGGCGACGCCGCCGUUUCAUUCCUUCAAAAAGGCUGAAGUCUGAUUCGGUAUGCAUUCAUACAUUGAGCAUAUCCUGUACAACAACGCCUUUAAUUACAGUUGACAUAUACAUGUAUAUAAAAUAUUCUUGUAUAUCAUGAAGUACCUUGUGUGUUUUGUAGCUGACUCCAAUGGAGAUCGAUUGAAAUUCAGACUCUGACCAGGAGGUUUUGCGCCCUGAGUGUGUAAGCCUCAGUGUGUUGGAAGUUUUACUUAUGCAAGAAUUUGUCUUCUGUUUGACUUCUGACUUGUCUAAUUUUGGUGGGUGGGGUUGUUAAUUUGUUUGCAACAUAUUAUUAGACAUAUUCUUGCAUAGGUAAUUGUUUCAGUAUUUUGUUGAAUAUAUAUAAUUAUGUGUACAUACUAGUAGUUGACCCUGAAUCAGUGUAAAUAUUUUUGAUUA